AUGGUUAGGCUGUCUAGAAUAGUUAGUGACAACCAAGUAUUUCAACAGGAGUUGGAAAAACUUAUGAGUAUGUUCAUUGCCAGAGGGUACCCUUGUGAUUUUAUUUUAGAAAUUAGUAAUGAAAUUAAAAUUAAAAGGUUGAUUUUAUACAAACCUAUUAUUCUAUAUGGAAUAUUAGAAGUUGACAAAUCAAAUUCCACUGUAGCUAGAUGUGACACCCUUAUUAUUCCAUUUAACGAUAGAUCUCAAGAGAUAGUCAAUGUUGUACAGGAAGCAUGGAUCAGUGUUAUUGGCUCCAACACAGAACUUUCACGUAUUUUAGGUAAUAAACCUAAAAUUACUUACAGUAGAGGUAAAAACUUGAAAAAUCUGUUUGAAAAUAACACCAAUACUGACUUGGGUAAAUAUUCCAAGAUGAGUAAAUGUGGUGCAUGUCAUGUUUGCAGAUUCAUAAAUGAUGGUCCAUAUAUCUCCAUUUCUAACUAUGGGAAGACUAUUAGAUGUCCAGGCCACUGUAACUGUAACUCUGCUAUGGUUGUUUAUGCUGCGUCUUGCACAGUUUGCCAAGCAUUUUACAUAGGGAAAACUAUUAGAAAGUUAAAAACGCGUAUUAUAGAACAUUUGAGUGAUAUUAAAAGACAAAAAACAACUAAACAUCUCACUAAACAGCUUCUCUUUCUGUUUCAGGUUGCAGUGUAUGCCCGACAAGAGCUGAAUAUCCGUACCACUGCUAACUUCCUCUUGGCAUUAGCGGCGUGGUUUCCAGCCAGUCGUCCUUACCUGCGCAGGUACUUCUGUGCUGCUGUACAGCUGCCAUCUGAUUGGAUGGAGGUUGCUAAAUUAUACCAGAGCAUUGCUGACAGCGAUGGGAAGCUUGCGCCAUUACCUUCCUGCUUGCGCCGUGCUAUGUCAGACAAGUUCAAGCAGUUUGAUGAAUACCAGUUAGCAAAGUAUAAUACAAGGAAGCAACGAUGCAAGCAUUACACUAAGAAACCGAAGACCAAUAUUGUGAAUGCAAACAAAUCAGACGCCUGGAAGAAAAUGAGGUGCCUGAAAACACUUUUCCGUGGUUAUGAAAGCAGUGCAACAACAGAAGCAGCAAAACGGGCAAAACUCGAAAGGAAGAAAGAACAAGACCAAAAGAGCAACACAUUUUCUCUGAAGAAAUUGAUCCGUCGGCUGCACAUAAAAGAACCAGCAUAUCAUGUGGUGUGCAUCUUAGGUCGCAGGUACCCAUCAGAUCUUUCUAUGUUCUCAAAAAGCCGAUUGCCUGGCCCAUGGGAUGCACAACGUGCUGGAAAAAGGAUGAAACUUGCAGAGCCAGAGACAUGGGAAAGGCAGAUCAGCCUCAGAGGAAAUGUAAAAGAUGUUUGGGAAGAACUAAUAGAUCACCAGAAGCUGCCAUUUAUGGCUAUGCUGCGGAAUUUGAGGAAUGUUAUCAAAUCUGGGAUCAGUGAAGGCCACCACCGGCAAGUGUUAAACAGGUUGAUGGAUAAGAAAUCAGUUAUUCGGAGCCGACAGUUCCCAUUUCGAUUUUUGUCUGCUUAUAAGGUGAUCAUGGAACUGGAAAGCAAGCUGGGGCAAAGGGUGACUGAAAUUCCUCCAAAUCAGGAAAUCCUUCGUCGAAUUUUCCAAAAAAUUAAUCUGGAACACCCAGUACUAACAACACGUUUAAGGCAACAUAAGUGGAAAAGGAAUGAGUUGCGGGCUGCCAUGACUAUCCCUCAAAUUUACAGAUUGCUUCAGCAAGAAAAGCGGAAUCUGAUAGAGGCAAGCAAGCCCCUUCCAUGUGACAAGCAGUUGCUGCAAAGAUACAAAAAUGCCUUGGAAAAAGCAAUACAGAUUUCCUCAGAGAAUAAUGUCCCUCCUUUGCCUGGACGAACAGUUAUCCUCUGCAGUUUGGAUCCUUCUAUGAACUCAUCAUUUUUUGCCGCUAAUAAUUUGUGCUGCCCAUGGAAAACAGAUGGAGAUGAAAAGCAGCCUAUAACGACUGCAGAAGUUGCCCUGCUGUUGAGCCUAAUGAUAUACCAUGCAUGUGAAGAUGCCCAGCUUGUCGUCUACAAUUAUUCUUCAUAUGCAGAAAUCACUGUCCCCGAAGGACCUUUAAUGGGGAAUAUUGCUCACCUCUUGAAGACUGCAACGGAGAAAUUGCAAGAUGAUCAGCAUGUUCUGCCUUCCUAUUUUCUGGAUCUCUAUGCCCGUAAAAUUAAGGUUGAUACUGUGAUACUGCUCAACACACGUUAUGAUAAUAAUGAUUUAAUGAAAGCCAUUGAACUUUACCGCUGCAGGCUGUAUCCUAAAAUGAUGUUAAUUGAGAUCAAUCUUGUUAAGUCAAGAAACAUAAGUAUUGGUGAGGAGAAAAACAAUGUGAAGCUUUAUGGAUUCAAUGAUCAGAUUCUGAGAUUUGUGGCAGAGCGUGGAGCCUCAAGGCUGCUGGAUCAUGUAGAGAAAAUUGAUGAAAUCUAUAAACUUCCUGAAAUACAGGGCAAGACCAGAAAACAAAGAACAUUGGAUGUAGUUUCCCUUCCAUUGCUCAGAACACCCAAACUCAGGUGGCAGACUGUCCGUGUCUUUAUCUCGUCCACUUUCCGUGACAUGCAUGGUGAGCGAGACUUGCUAAUUCGUAGUGUCUUCCCAGAGCUUCGAGCAAGAGCAGCACAGCUGUUUAUCCAUGUGCAAGAGGUAGACCUACGCUGGGGAAUAACAGAGGAAGAAUCCAGAAGUGACAGGCAGCUAGAGUUGUGUCUGUCUGAAGUAAGUCGAAGUAACAUUCUGAUAGGAAUUCUUGGCGAAAGAUAUGGCUAUAUUCCACAGAAGUACUCUGUGCCAGAUCUACCUCAAUUUGAAUGGCUAAAGAACUAUCCUAGUGAUCGUUCUGUUACAGAGUUGGAGAUGAUGCAGUUCCUUCAACAGUCUGCACAAAAUAAACAGAAAGCUUUCUUCUAUUUCAGGGACCCUAAAUUCCUAAGAUCUGUACCGAAGGAGUGGUUGUCUCAUUUUGAAGCUGAGUCAGUGGAUGCAGACAGAAAGAUGACAAACCUGAAGAAUCAAGUUCUGCAAAGAGGAGUCAUCGCCUUUGAUGGUUACCCAUGUGGAUGGGGAGGAGUAUCAUCAGGAAAGGCUUUUGUGAAAAAUCUAGAAGAAUUUGGCUCUCAUGUGCUUCGUGAUCUCUGGAACAGCAUCCAAGAUAACUUUUCUCAGUUGGAUAACUCUGAUGCUGAAGAAACUGCUGAAGAAACACUGCAACAUGCCUUCCAUGAAUCACAGGAACGCCAGUGCUAUGGACGAAAGAAGACAGUCAUUGCAGCAGCAGCUAAGAUAUGGGAAAAUAAGAAGGGUGGAGUCUUUAUUAUCUCUGGGGGUCCCAGUGAAGGAAAGACCGUCUUCAUGGCUGCAUUAGUGAGUGAGCUAAUGAUCAAUGGUACCACAAGUGGGAAGAAGUCUUCUAGGUCCCAAGAUGUCUUCUUUCAUUUUACAAGUGCCAGUCAUACUGCAAGGAGCAUUGAGAAUAUGCUUGGUCGACUCUGCAUCUCUAUGAGCCAGAGGCUGAAAAGGGAAGCAGCCAUUCCAGGGAAUUACAGGAAUCUGUUGUGUGAGUUUCAGUUUCUUCUCGGGCAAAUUUCACAGACAGUCCCUCGACGCCACAUGAUAAUGGUGAUAGAUGCAGCAGACUGCUUGGAAACAUCAGCUGGCCAGCCGACAUCUGACUGGAUUCCUGAGACUGUUCCAAAGAAUGUCACUCUGGUCCUGAGCGUGACUGCAGACACCAGCCUGCAUCAUUCACUCAUGAAGCGGUCAGAUUCUGUCCUGUUUCAGCUGCACCCACUAGAACCCAUGGAGAAACCAGAAGUUAUCCGUAAAACCUUAGCAGUUUAUGGAAAAAGACUGGAUGAGUCUGCUUUCAACAACCAGAUGAGAAUGCUGGUUACAAAGAAAGAAUCCCGACAUCCUCUGUACCUUAAGGUCGCCACCGAGGAACUUCGGACAUUUGGUGUCUUUGAAAAGGUGACAGACAGAAUCCGUGAGUUCCCUCCCACGCUACGUCUACUUCUUCAGCAUGUGCUUGCCUGCCUGGAGACUGAGCAUGAGAAUGCGGACCUGGUUGCCUGUGCACUGAGUGCACUUUCUAUCAGCAAAAAUGGUCUAAGGGAACAGGAUCUGUAUGCCAUACUUAAUAUAUGCAAUUCGCUGCCACGUGGAACCUUUGAUGCAUCUUGGGAUGAAGUGAUGCAAGCUGGCAAGAAUCCAGGCCGUGCUUUACCGAUGGCUAGAUUCUCUAACCUCAUGCGGAGCUUGAAGAGUGUGAUGGGGGUCUGGACCCCAGCAGAAUCUCCUGGUUCCAGGCUUCGUCUCUCCAAUGACCACUUGCGGACUGCAGUGGAGCAACGGUAUUUAAAGAGACCAGGACUAGGAAAACAGGUGCACCUUCUACUUGCAGUUUACUUCUGGAAGAUAAUAGAUCCUGAUGAGUCACGUACCUUUAGGCAUUGUGACCCUGAGGCUUUGCCUGAGCUUCCAUUGCAUUUGGUUAAAAGUGGUGAGCAGAAAAGGCUAGGGAAACUUCUGACUAAUAUCUAUUUCCUGUAUGUCCACCACCAGUAUGGCCUGCUUCCUCGUCUAAUAGAAGUCUAUAGCCUUUACUUCUCCUCACUUCCAGAAGCUACAAAUGCUGGAGGAAAAGUCCAGGGCAUAUCUCCUUCUGAUGAGGAAUUUUUUAGAGAUUUCAUCCAAAGAAACUGGUCUGUCCUUUCCCAGAAUCCUUCAUUGUUUUGGCAGCAGGUACUGAAUGAACCCAGCACAUCACCUAUCUAUACACAAGGUCGAAAGGUAGAAAGUCGUCACAAGGUACAGUCUCAACCAGCUGAAGAAGCGCUAAAUGUUUAUAUGAUGAAGUGGAUGAACAAACCACAUAGUAUCAGUAAGAGUACCAGUAAACAGAUGGGACUCCCUUCUACACCUACUUGUGUUUGCAUUUCUCCCAGUGGGUAUCUUGCUGCAGUUGGAACAAGUGAAGGUUGUUUGCAUAUCCUGGACACUGACACUAAUCAGGAGCUACGGUCAGUUCUGAGCAGCUGUGAUGGGAUCUCAGACUGUGUUUUCUUGUCAGACAGUUACCUCUGCAGCACCUCAUUUGAUGGCAAAAUUGAAAUUUGGAACAUUUUGGAUGGUUGCAGGAUCUUACAUGUAGACGCACACCAGGAUCGAAUCACAGGAUGCGCAGUUAGUCCAGACAGGAGGCAGCUGGCGACUGUAUCUUGGGACCGGAAACUAAAGGUUUGGAGCACAUCUGGUGGUCGACUAAGUGUGUCAUUGUCUCAUCGUUACCCCAUAAAUUGUGUGACCUUUCAUCCUGCAGGCCAGCUGAUUGCCACUGGUGGCUGGGAUCGAUGUGUAAGGGUUUGGUAUUUGCCCAAAAGUGCGUGUGUAUCGGUAUUUUCUGGGCAAAAGGCUUCUAUUCGAGCUCUGUCGUACACACCUUCUGGAGAUUUUCUUGCCUCUGCCUCACUGGAUGGAGAGGUCAGGUUGAUUUGCACAGCCAAAAAUUUUACUGUGGGCAGCUAUCAAGCUCACAAUGGUUCUGUUGAUGUAGCCAAAUAUGUCUGUAAUGGGCGAUAUCUGGUCACUGGCGGGAGUGACUACAAGGUUCGGGUCUGGUCAGGUUCUCUGGGGCAGUUCAGGAGCACUUACAGUACUGAAAACCCAUCACCUGCACUAUGUGUUGCUGUUAGUCCUCAAGGGUGCUCUGUUGCUGUUGGGUACCAUUCUGAAAAUGUGAAGGUGUUUGACAUGUUAUCAGGAGGUAUUAUAUCAGAGUGCGAGAUUCCAAAAGUGGCUGUUCAGUGCCUGGCCUGGAUUCGUGGGAACACCAUCCUAGCUAGUGGAAGCAAUGACAAACUUCUAAAGAUUUGGCAGGUGCGUGAAGGCGCUGCUACCUGCAUCCGAGUCCUGAGGGGUCACCAAAGCCCACUUUUAGCACUGACUCCAACAGAAAACUUUCUGGCUUCAUCUUCAGAUGACUGUACUGUCCACCUUUGGUCAAUGGAGGAACUCACAAAACUGGAUUCCACUAAUGUCUCUCCAAUUGCAGUGUUGCGGAGUCACUCUGCCGGUGUCACCUGCUGUGCCUUCCAUUCUGAACGUCAGGAAUUAGUGACUGGGAGCAAAGACAAGAGCCUUGCAUUCUGGGAUUUGACAACACUUUCUGCGCCAGUUCUUCGGAAGUCCUUGUUGUCCUGCCACAAAGACUGGAUCACAGGCUGUGCUUGGAUAUUAUCUCUUGUGGCAUCCUCUUCAAAUGACUGUACUAUACGACUCUGGGAUCCAUCCUCUGGAGACUGCGUGAGGGAAUUUCUGGGUCAUCAGGGCCCUGUAACCUCUGUGAAUGCUGUGGUUGAUUACCUAGUCUCAUUAAGCAGCGAUGGCAUGCUUAGAGUGUGGACAGUUGAUGGUGCUACAGUUGCUAACUUCCAAGCUCACUCAUCCAGGACGAACCAUUGUACAGUUUUCAGAAAGAAUAAAGUACAGCUUAUAGUGAAAAGUGAUGCAGAAGAGGAAGGACCGUGGAAGCCAGAAGAAAUUAUGGUUGCCACAGUAAGUGAUGAUGGCACUGCAAAAACAUGGUGUCCUUUGUUGGCUGAAGAAAUAUGCACACUAGCAGGGCACUCAGGACCUGUCCAUGCAGCUGCUGUAAGUGAUACUCGACCGUUCUUCCUGACUGUGGCCGAAGACAAAACACUUAGAAUGUGGGAUAUUCCUCAGCAGAGGGAUGAUGACUCAGCACUUUGUCACAGAAGUGAAAUUACUGCCCUUGCAUGGUCCCAUUGUGGAAAAUUCCUCAUCUCUGGCAGUGAAACUGGGGAGGUAAUAGUCUGGCAGUUUGCCAAACCAGUGUACAAAGUUCAAGUGAGUGACUACCAAAUUACUGGCAUUGUUUUUACCAAUCCACAAACGGUGAUUGUAACAUCGAAUGACAAGAAAUCCUCUACCUGGACAUUCCUGUACAACCCUUCCAAGAAAUCUGUCUGCCUGAAGUUCAAUGCAUGUUCAGAGCCAAAGUCCCUAGUUACCAGUUUGGCGGUGAGCUGUACUUGGAAAUGGGUAAUGUUUGGUGACAGCGAUGGAGGGCUGACUGUUCACAGGAAAACAAGGAUAACUGAAGGCUUUGCUGAAGAGAAUUUCUGUGCACAAAUACAUGAAACAUCUGCAGGCGAUUUUUGGCUUAUGUAUCAUCCUAGAUUCCCUUUGCUGAAAAGUUUGAUGCCUAAAACAUGCUGGGAGCAUUCAUUUGACACCAUUACAGACAUAACACCAUGGAGCAGCAGGGAAGAUGGAAGAUUGGAAGCAUGGAUGACUGCUGCAAAACCACUGGGUUCAGACUUCAGGAUAUUGGCUUCAGACUCCAUGGGGCGUCUUUGGCUUGAGGAAUGUGAAGCAAGAGAAGAGAUGAAAGGUUCUCGUCCUGCCAACAACUCAGGAGAAUCUUGCAAGUGGACUAAGAUACAGGCUCACAGUGAGAUGAUUACCAACUUCCAUGUGAUUAAUGAUGUCAUCAUAACAGCAUCGCAUGACUACAGUGUAAAGCUCUGGGAUUCCAGUUCGCUAAAGCAGGUAGGGAUGUUCCUCUGUCAGGCUCCAGUCUCGUGCAUGGAAGGAAACCCCUCCUGUCCCCGGCUGAUUGCCUGUGGAGACAUACUGGGCAACAUCUAUUUCAUCAACUGGGAUAAAGUAAACUUCAUCUAAGAGAGUAGGAAUUUCAUUGUAGUUCAUAAAAGAAGUCACACUCACUUGCACUUAUCAGGUUAUUUGUUUUAAGAUAGAUAGCUGGCAACAAAGAGUGCCUUAAUAACCCACUGUCUUUCAAAAGGACAAUAAAUUGUAAAGCAUUGUAAAUCUGCUGUUAAGAUACCCAUGAUUAAUUUUUGGCCAUUGUUCUAUAGUUUACAUAUCAUGCAUACAGUAAUGCUUUAUAAUGACAAAAAGUAAAUUAGCCAUUUGAUUGAACAUUCAUAUACACAACGUCAUAUUCUAAUUUUCAUUUUCCCCGUUCUUGAAGCUGCAGUAAAGUUCAUUGCUGCAUAUCUUAGCAUUGUUUGCCAUUUAGUUCAUGCAUUGUAUUGCUCUGAGACAUGCAUUUUGUUAAUGUUGUGGCACUAUUUAUUGCUAUAAUAUAGUGCAUUUUGUGGUGAAUAAAAUGUUAUAUCUUCAAACACCUGUUUCUUUAUACUGAUGAAGUGCAGGGGGUGUAAGUCAUAGCUUUGAAUUCUAAAACUGAAAUAUUUUUCAUUUAUAGCAUGAAGCUGGUCAAGAUAUGAAAAGAAAAAAAUGAUGAAAUAAAGUGCCAUUAUUUGAAAUAUCAAAA